AUGUCGCGGCCAUUCCCUGCAGUGAAAGUGUUCCACCCCGUAUGGCGGCGGAACUUCUCAGCGUCGACCUCAAUGCGAGCCAUUGACAAAUUGCGAGGUUCUGCAAAUGAUGCUGUCAAGGACAUGAAAGGCCCUGCAACCGUGCUAGUAGGUGGAUUUGGCUUCUCGGGUGUGCCGAAUACCCUUAUCAACGCUGUUCGCGACCGUCCGGACAUCAAGGACCUGACUGUGGUCUCGAACAAUGCUGGAAUGCCGGGUGCUGGACUUGGUCUGCUGCUCGAGUCUAAACAGAUUAGCAAGAUGAUCGCUUCGUUUAUCGGAGAGAACAAAGUGUUUGAGAAGAUGUAUCUCAGCGGUGACCUGGCGCUGGAACUCACUCCCCAGGGCACGAUUGCUGAAAAGUGUGCUGCUGCGGCUGCUGGCAUUCCUGCCUUUUACACUCCUGCAGCUUAUGGGACUAUCGUGCAAACCGGUGAACUCCCCGUUCGGUACAACAAGGAUGGUACUGUUGCCGAGCGGUCAAAGCCCAAGGAAGUCCGCGAGUUCCGCGGCAAGGAAUACGUUCUGGAAGAAUCCAUAUACGGUGACUACGCUCUGGUCAAGGUCCACAAGGCCGACAAGCUAGGCAACUGCCAGUUCCGCAAGGCCAUGAACAACUUCAACGAAGCCAUGGCUAAAAAUGCCAAGGUGACUCUAGUCGAGGCCGAUCACAUCGUCGAAGUGGGCGAGCUUGACCCAGAGGAAAUCCACUUGCAGGGAAUCUACGUCGAUGCUGUGAUCCAGAGCACCGAGCAGAAGCAGAUUGAGAAACUUACUUUCGCCAAGGAUCCCAGCGAGAUGCUCCAGGCCGGAUCCGGUGAUGCCUCUAUCCGCCGCGAGCGUAUCGUCAAGCGUGCAGCGAAGGAGUUCAAGGACGGCAUGUAUGUCAACCUCGGUAUCGGUAUGCCUCUGAUCGCCCCAUCAUACCUGCCCGAGGGCGUCGAGGUCGUUCUGCAGUCAGAGAACGGAAUCCUUGGUCUGGGUGGCUACCCCAAACCCGGCGAGGAGGACCCCGACCUGAUCAACCCCGGCAAAGAGACCGUUACCCUGGGUCGCGGUGCUUCCGUGUUUGGUUCCCACGAGAGUUUCGGUAUGAUUCGUGCCGGCAAGAUUGAUCUCACCAUGCUGGGUGCGCUACAGGUCAGCCAGUACGGAGACCUGGCCAACUUCAUGCUUCCCGGUAAGGUAAAGGGUAUUGGUGGUGCUAUGGACCUAGUCGCCAACCCGGAAAAGACCAAGGUUGUUGUGACUAUGGAACAUGUCGACAAGAAGGGCAACCCCAAGAUUCUGGCCGACUGUACCUUCCCUCUGACCGGCCCCCGGUGCGUGUGGAAGAUCAUCACCGACCUGGCUGUGUUUGAGGUCAGCCCUACAGAGGGCCUGACCCUGACAGAGUUCGCCGAAGGCGUCUCGGUGGAUGAGAUCCGCAGCAAGACCGCUGCUCCAUUCAAGGUCGCGCAUGAGCUGAAGCCCAUGCUGUAA